CAAUGUCUAACCAAAACAAAUCUCCUAUUUUCCCAAUGCUCCAAUCUCAACACUUUAGCGAUUAUGGUUUUGAUCCCCAGAUCCACUACUUUCAGGUUUUGGAAGAAGCAAAGAAGCAAAAGUCUUCCUCUAUUGACACAUUUCAGUUCAAGCUUCAAAAACCUAUCUCGAGAGAUGAUUUGAUCCGAACCACUCUUCACAACAAGAACAAGAACAAGAAGCGUUGGUUAUGGUGCAAGAACGCUUUGUUCUUCUUGAAGUGGAGAAAAUGGCCAAUCUCCGCCGUCGUUGGAGGAUGCUCCGGCGAAAACGACGGAGACAAUGAGUUUGAGUUUGACGAUCGUAGUGAUGUUCAUAUUGCUAGAGCUCGGAAUUUUCGUGCCGGUUCGAUAUCGGGUCCGGUUUACGUGACGGAGAGCUGGAGCGGUUCGACUACACCGUACCGGCCGAUGACGACGAGGUCGGCGGUUCAGUAUUUGAGUCUACGGGAGCUUACUAUAGAGCGACAACAGAGGAUCACUACCACUUCUUCUAUGUCCGGUCCUAUUUACUUGGUCACGUGAAUAAAAACACUAAUUUGCAGAAUUAUCCUUUUAUAAAGUUUUUUUAUAGGA